ACAAAUCGAGUCAAAUAUCAACGCGCCGGAUGUUAUUUUUCCACGACAUAAUUUUUUCGCACGAGAGCCACCACAAACAGCAGUCAUUGAGCGCUAUCAAUAUCAACAAAUUUCGGAAAGGUCUCAGGAAUCACUUGAUCACCAUCCAAUAAUCCUUCCACUGCCAACUAUUCAUGCGCUCACCUUUUCGCACACUAGCACACCAUCAUCGCGAUUCGCUUUAUCCUCUCAUCAUCAAAAUCUUCAUCAUUUCCCGCACGUGAACAUCAUCGCUCUUACAGUCGCAUCAACUUGA